GUAUGCAAUCUGCAGAUGUAAUUUAUGCAAAUAAGAUCUUUCCGCGUUCGAACUCCGCAACAUAUCAGUUUCCUUAUUUGCAUCAAAUAGAUCUUACGUAUCCUCCUCUCGAGAAACACUUUUACAACGUCCAUUUUUGCUACACGGUACAAAACAUUGGAAAGGCCGGCAACUGAAGGGGCCUUCUUUGCACACGAGCUGGUGGGGAGUCAGCAAUAAAACAUCCGUGUGUUAUAGAACUUUCUUGAAUACUGCUGUUGCAACGUGCUUAGAACAACGUUUCCAAGAAUGAAAUAUUUAAUAACAGGAAUCCUUCUCUGCGCGGUCGGAUUCUCGUUGGGCGAUGUGAAAUCGGCAUUUAAGGAGGCGAAGAUCGAACCCGAUAUUAUAGACAAGGCUCCAACCGAGAAGAUCGAGGUAAAAUAUGGCGAUAAAGUGGUCGAUCUGGGAACCGAAUUGACUCCGACAGAGAGUCACGAGAUACCCGAAAUACAUUAUAAACAUGAAGGAGGGGUUCUCUAUACGCUUGUUAUGACAGACCCUGAUGCACCGAGAAGAGGAGGAUAUAAUCGCGAAUUUCGACAUUGGCUCGUCGGAAAUAUACCGGAGGAAAAUAUAGCUAAAGGCGAAGUUCUAGCGGAAUAUGUCGGUCCCGCUCCGCCAAAAAAUACCGGUAAACACCGCUACGUGUUUCUUGUCUACAAACAAAACCAGGGCGCUAUUACUUUUGACGAAAGACGAUUGAGCACUUGGGACGGAAGUCAGCGAAAAAGGUUUUCUAUUAAAAAAUUCGCGGAAAAGUACAACUUGGAGGGUCCAAUCGCCGGUAACUUUAUGAAGGCGGAAUAUGAUGACAAUGUGCCUGCUUAUCACAGACACUUGAAUCUUUAACCAAGCUGCGUCCGCGAAAUGAAGUUGAUACUUUAGACUCGAGACAAACAUAUACAAGUACAUAAAUUAAACUUUUUUUUUUUAUACAUUAUCUUAAAUCUCUCUUGUUGUGCGAUUGAAAAAAAUUAGAAUUGUGUUACAUAUAUUUCUUUUCCAAGAACAAAAAACAUUAUCGAUUGCAAAAACAACCGGAAGGAAAAAGCAGAGAUUCUUCAAAAUAGAUAGUCGUUUUUUUUUCUUUUUUUUUUACCGAGUUCUAUUUAUUUUUUUCGUUGCUGUUUUAUUAUUAUAAAUAUAAAAGGUACGAGUGACAAUCAUUAUGUUCGUAUCCCCGAGGUCGUUACAUGAUGUAGCGCUUUUGAGGGUAUUUUUACUAACGGUGAAUCUCCUUAAAUUUUAAUCAACUUAACUCUACGAUCGGUCGUUAAAUAUUUGCAGCUUAAUAAUUACGUUAUACACAUUGACUAGAAUAUGUCGAGCGUAUUUUUGCGAAUCGGAAUUGCACGACUCUGAACGCUGCUAUCGUGCGUUACAAAGCUCGAAAAGAGCAAAUAGAAACUAAUCAGGAAGCAGACACGCGUUAAUCAUAUAUCGUUAAAUUGUAAGAAGUACACAGAAUACAGCCUUGUAUAUGUUCUUAUGUAUGAAAUAUUUAUAUAUAAAAUAGUUAACCUCAUAACUCGCAAUUAAAUUAAUUUCUAACUUUGUAAU